GGAGACCACGAGUAAACACACACUAAUAGCCCAGCCCAUCAAUUAGUUGUACUGCGCAUGUGCAGUUUGCCAAUGGUUUGCACUUUAGUGCUUUUCAUUGGCCCGCUGUGUAGGAUGUUAAUAUAUUAUUCAAUGCUAAUACGCCCUGCAGUCAUCGUACCAUAGUAACAGGUGCCAUUGCCAUGGUUAUUAAUCGGUCUAGCCUAUGUGGUACAAAUAGCCUUGUCGGCGCCUUUGAUAAGAGCUGGGUUACAAUAUGAAUUUAACUCUCACUAGAAAAAUAUUGACAGUGAGCUGGAAAUCCAAGCAAUGGUAAUUUCAAGCGAGUUUUGGCCAACAUUUAGGGAAGAGAACUUUCAAAUUCCAGGUUUUGCUAAAAGGAAAAUGGAUCUGUAUUCAAUUGAGUACAAGCAAUUAAAAGGAAUGCGAAAGCUGGACUGGAAGACUGGUUUAGGAACUAUAGAAAUAGAGGUGAGUUAUGGAGAAGAGGUUAUCACAAUGAGAGUUUCACCACUACGUGCUGUUAUUUUGCACCAGUUUCAAAAUAGCAGUGAAUGCUCCAUUGAUUUACUAACACAGUCAGUCAAGGCACCCCCUAGUGUAGUGAAAAGAAACGUUGGAUUUUGGGUAUCUCAAGGUCUUUUGAAAGAAAUCUCAUCUGAUGUAUAUAGGCUAAUGCAGGAGUGGAAUUUUGAUCAUAAGGCUGCUGUAAAACCAGUUCAUGAUGAUGAUGAGUUUAUGAUGGAAACUGACAAAGAUGCUAUGGAGGCAGAAUGUCAGAUGUACUGGAACUAUAUUAAACACAUGCUUACUAACCUUGGACCGCUGUCACUUGAGAGAAUCCAUUCAAUGCUUGAAAUAUUUGGAGUACAAGGACAUACCAAGAAAAAACUGGCAAUAACUUAUCUCAGAGCAUUUCUCAAUAACAAAACAUUGCAGCAGCAGAUUUGUUUUGAGAAUGGAUCUUAUAGUCUUUGUAAAUAAAAGUGUUUGUGCUAACCAAGUUUGUAAUUACAAUGCAUCAUCAAAGCCAUCCAUUAUCAUCUAGCAGUGCUAUGCAACUGUUGCUGUUGCUCUCACACUAUCUAUGACUUUUUGACAUGUA